AUGGGUCGUGGAGUUAGUGCUGGUGGAGGACAGAGUUCUUUGGGAUAUCUUUUUGGAAGCGGAGAGGCUCCAAAACCAGCCGUUAACAAUGCUCAGCUUGCUGCUGCUCCUCCUUCUCCGGCACAACCUAAAACAGAAGCUCCAAAACCUGUUGAUCUCACCAAACAAGGUCCAGCUGGUCUCAAUCGCAACUCUUCGAACAACUACAUGCGCGCAGAUGGACAGAACACAGGCAACUUCAUCACGGACCGGCCAUCGACAAAGGUUCACUCAGCUCCCGGAGGUGGCUCGUCCCUGGAUUACCUCUUUGGUGGUGGUAGCAACUAG